CUAAAAAUGACAAAAUCAUUAGGCGGCUUGCCGCUGCUUGGCCCGCUCGUUUGGUCACUUUUCAUCACUGUCAGCAUAACCUCCGCAGAAUAUUAUCAAAAAGAGUCGUAUUCCGAGUACGACUGCAAUGAACCACUACUGGAGCACGCUAUCCUUUCCGCUACCUCGCAGCUGCGUGAACGAGGACCGGAAAAUGCCCGACUAAACGGUGGCUACUCCUGGACCGCCCAGCAGUCCGACUUCGACCAGCAGUUCAUAAUCGAUCUGGGCGACGUGCGCAACAUAACCCGCAUCGAAACGCAGGGCCGUCCGCACAGCAACGAGUAUCUGACCGAGUACAGCAUCAGCUACGGCUUCAACGGGCUCGACUACAUCGACUACCGGGAGCCGGGUGGCAACACCAAGCUGUUUAAGGGUAAUCGGGAUGGUGAUUCCAUUCGUAUGAAUUCAUUCGAGGUGCCCAUCAUCGCACAGUGGGUUAGGAUCAAUCCUACACGCUGGCAGAACCGAAUCUCCCUGCGUGCGGAACUAUACGGAUGUCGAUACGAAUCGGAAAGCAUCUACUUCAACGGUACCGGUCUCGUGCGGUACGAUCUACUGCGUGAUCCGAUCGCAGCAACCCGCGAAUCGAUCCGGUUCCGCUUCAAAACGGCUCACCCAAACGGUGUGUUGCUCUACUCCCGUGGAACUCAGGGCGAUUAUUUUGCGCUUCAGAUUAAGGACAAUCGGAUGGUACUGAAUGUGGAUCUGGGUGCGAAGAUUAUGACAUCGCUGUCGGUGGGUAGUCUGCUGGACGACAACAUCUGGCACGAUGUGGUAAUAUCGCGCAACCGGCGUGACAUCAUCUUCAGCGUCGAUCGUGUAAUCGUGCAGCGACGCAUUAAGGGCGAGUUUGAUAAGCUGAACCUAAAUCGAGAGUUUUAUAUCGGCGGUGUUCCGAACCUUCAGGAAGGGCUCGUCAUCCAGCACAACUUUACCGGCUGCAUCGAGAAUUUGCAUUUCAACGCAACCAACUUCAUACGCGAAAUGAAGGACGCGUUCUACGAUGGGGAACAUUUGCGCUACAAAAUGAAUCACGUUACGUACAACUGUCCCGAACCGCCGAUCAAUCCGGUUACCUUUUUGACGCGUUCGUCACACGCGAAACUAAAGGGAUACUACAGCUCAAAGCAGUUUAACGUUAGCUUUGCCUUCCGGACGUACGAAGAGAAGGGUUUGAUGCUGCACCACGACUUCCUGCAAGGUUCGGUGCAGGUGUUCCUUGAGGAUGGUAAGGUGAAGGUGCGUCUAAAGGAGGACAACUACGAGCACAACCCAGGCACGAUCCUAGACAACUAUGAGGAACAGUUUAACGAUGGUAACUGGCACCACAUGAUGCUGACGAUCAAGAAGAACAGUCUAGUGCUGAGCAUCGACGAUCGACCGAUGGAGACGACCAAACUGAUCGACAUCACAACCGGAACGCUGUAUUACAUCGGUGGCGGAAAAACAAAGGACGGUUUCGUGGGCUGCAUGCGAUCGUUUGCGAUCGAUGGAAACUAUCGCAUCCCGACCGAUUGGAAGGAAGAAGAGUAUUGCUGCAAAGGAGAGAUUCUGUUCGACGCGUGUCACAUGGUCGAUCGCUGCAAUCCUAACCCGUGCAAGCAUAAUGGUAUCUGCAAGCAAAACUCGAUGGAAUUCACGUGCGAUUGUGCGGGUACGGGAUACGCUGGAGCCGUUUGCCACACACCGAUGAAUGCACUUUCCUGUCAGGCAUUUAAGAAUGUACACGAUGUGAAGCAAAAGCAACGGAUCGAGAUCGAUGUGGAUGGAAGUGGACCACUUGCCCCAUUCCCGGUGACGUGUGAGUUCUAUUCGGACGGUCAGGUUGUGACGGUGUUGAGCCACAGUUCGGAGCAUACGACGCGUGUCGAUGGAUUUGCGGAACCAGGUUCGUUCGAGCAGAACAUCAUUUAUGAGGCCGAUCUGCCACAGAUUGAAGCGCUGUUGAAUCGAUCGUCCGAAUGCUGGCAAACGCUCACGUACGCGUGUCGCUCGUCGCGACUGUUCAACUCACCGUCCGAUGCGGAUAACUUCCGACCGUACGCUUGGUGGGUAUCGCGCCACAACCAACCGAUGGACUAUUGGGCUGGAGCGCUGCCCGGUUCGCGCAAGUGUCAGUGUGGUGUGGUGGGCAAUUGUAUCGAUCCGACCAAGUGGUGCAACUGCGACUCGAACAGUCUCGAGUGGCAGGAAGAUGGUGGCGAUAUUCGCGAGAAGGAAUACCUGCCAGUGCGUGGACUCCGCUUCGGUGACACGGGCACACCGGUAGAUGAGAAGCUCGGAAGGUACACGCUCGGUCCGUUACGUUGCAGCGGGGACAGCUUGUUCAACAACGAGGUAACGUUCCGCAUUGCGGAUGCAACGAUCGAUCUGCCACCGUUCGAUAUGGGCCAUUCGGGCGACAUUUACUUCGAGUUUAAGACGACGAUCGAAAACGCGGUACUGCUGCACGCUCGCGGUCCGACCGACUUUAUCCGACUGGACAUUGUCGGUGGUACGAAGCUGCUGUUCGAGUAUCAGGCCGGUACGGGCACGCAGAAGGUGUACGUGGAGAUGAGCAACAAGCUGAACGACGAUCGGUGGCAUUCAGUCAGCGUGGAGCGCAAUCGGAAGGAGGCCCGGCUUGUGGUGGAUGGCUCGACGAAGGCGGAAGUACGUGAACCACCGGGUCCAGUGCGAGCCCUGCAUCUCAACUCGACGCUAACGAUCGGAGCACGGUUGGACUAUCGAGAUGGGUAUGUGGGCUGUAUAAGGGCGUUGCUGUUGAACGGUGUGGCAGUCGAUUUGCGAUCGUACGCCGAACGGGGACUGUACGGUGUAUCGCCAGGAUGUGUUGGACGGUGUGAAUCGAACCCGUGCCUCAACAAUGGAACGUGUACAGAGCGAUACGAUGGGUUCUCGUGCGAUUGCCGCUGGAGUUCGUUCAAGGGACCGAUCUGUGCUGAUGAAAUCGGUGUAAAUAUGCGAUCCUCGUCGAUGAUCAAGUACGACUUCCAAGGUGCCUUCCGUUCGACGUUAUCCGAACACAUUCGCGUCGGUUUCACCACCACCAAUCCGAAGGGCUUCCUGCUCGGUCUGUUCUCCAACAUUACGCAAGAAUAUCUUACCCUCAGUGUGUCCAACUCGGGCCAUCUGAAGGUGGUGUUUGAUUUCGGGUUCGAACGGCAAGAGUUAAUAUAUCCUGUGAAACAUUUCGGCCUUGGCCAGUACCACGAUGUACGCUUUUCGAGGAAAAACUCUGGCUCGACGGUGGUGCUAACGGUGGACAAUUACGAACCGCAGGAGUAUAGUUUCGACAUCAAAGAUUCGGCCGACGCACAGUUCAACAACGUCGAGUACAUGUACAUUGGCAAGAACGAGUCAAUGAAGGACGGGUUUGUGGGGUGCAUUUCGCGCGUCGAGUUUGACGACAUCUAUCCGCUGAAGUUCCUGUUCCAGGAGAGCCCACCGCCGAACGUACGAUCCCUCGGUACACCGCUGACGGAGGACUUUUGCGGUGUGGAACCGGUAACGCAUCCACCGAUCGAGAUCGAAACCCGUCCACCGCCGCUGAUCGAUGAGGAUAAGCUGCGCGAUGCUUAUGGGCCCGAUACGGCCAUUCUUGGAAGUGUUUUGGCGAUUAUUCUCCUGCUUCUAAUACUGAUGGCGAUACUGAUCGGCCGCUACAUGAACCGGCACAAGGGCGAAUAUUUGACGCAGGAGGACAAGGGUGCUGAGGCGGCUCUCGAUCCGGACGAGGCGGUCGUCCAGUCGACCACGGGCCACCAGGUGACGAAGCGAAAGGAGUUCUUCAUCUAGAGAGCCGAACGCGUUGUCCGGCGCCCCCGCUGUAAAUACUGUUAAAAUCGCGUUUCUCGGGGUAAAAA